GACACGAUAAACCUACAAUUCCCUUGGUUUAUGUGCCCAGUUCCUUUCUCCCUCCAAAAUUGGUAUAACAUCCUGGUUUUCCCUCCAAAAUUGGUAUAACUUCCUGGUUUUCCCUCAAAAUUUAGGACAUUCUUCUCCAACAUUUUGCAGUGAGAGAGGAAAGGUUUUGGAUUGAGAAUUAAUAAAAACAGCGUAGAGCACUGCUGGUCUAGGAUUUCAUUCCUUUCUCGCUCUAGUUCACUGAACUGAAUCACCGUGGGAUGGCAAGUCAAGAGGAUAUUUAUUCUCAGAUUGAUAUCUCUAUUGAGGAAAAAGAUAAGCUUGUUGCAGAUGUGAUACGUUAUGUUCUCUUUAAAAACCACCAGACUUCUGGUUGUCCUAUUAAAAGAGAGGAACUUACUUCCAUUAUAACUAAAACUUAUCGCCAGAGAGCACUCCCUGCGCUCGUAAUUAAUGAGGCCCGAGAUAAGCUUUCAAGCAUUUUCGGAUAUGAACUGAAGGAGCUUCAGCGUGCUCGUCCUUUAUCUGGGAAUCAGAAUCGGUCUACACAGCAAAGUCAAGCAGAUGUAAAAUCAUAUGUUCUUAUAAGUAAGCUACCUCCCGAGGUGUUUCAAAAGUAUGUCGAGGAUAAGGGAAACAUGCAUGUAACUGGAUUUACUUUUAUGGUUAUUAGUGUUGUCCAUCUUGCUGGGGGUCAAAUAUCUGAAGAGAAUUUGUGGCAGCAUUUGAAGCGUCUGGGACUGCUCGAAACAGAUCAAAUGCACCCAGUCCUUGGAGAUGUCAAACAGGCGUUAGAGUCACUUGUUCAACAGAGGUAUUUGCAAAAGAACAAAGUUAACGGCCCAGAAGGAAAUAUUUUGGUAUAUGAACUUGCAGAGAGAGCAUUAGACGAAUCGGUUAAUGCAAGGAUGAAAGAAUACAUAUCACAGAAUGCGAAUAAAGAAGUUCAAACUGGUGAAGAUGACGAGGAGGAAGAGGAGGAUGACUGAUGUGCAUCGCAAAGUAUAGUUGUACAUAAACGAAACUACACUUGUUUCUAAGUGACUUUUGCUUUCGAUUAUUUUAACUCAGUAUGUACGAGUUCAUCUUAUAGAUUUUAGUUUGAACAGAAGUUCUUGCUUCGUCCUUUUUUGGGGUCACACAUGUGUCAAAGUCUUUUUGGGUUGGUGAUAAGAAUUUCUAAAUAGAUGUUUUCUUUUUCUUUCUUUGAGUGUA